CCUUUCAACUUUCAACAAAGAUCAAACUCGUUUCACAGAUCGGAGGGAGAACGGAGUUGGUUCAACCGACACAGCGGAGGAAAACGAGAAGAGAAAGGGGAAAAUGGGAACUGAUGAAGCACCAAUGGACGACAAGGCGAAGAGGAUGAGAGAUCUGCUAUCGAGUUUCUACUCCCCAGACCCUUCCAACUCUGACACCACUUCCAAACACGCUUCCCUUGACGAUAUCAAUUCCACUUCCUUCGAUCCCGAUCAGUACAUGAAUAUCCUGGCGUACAAGUCCAAUUUGGAAGGACUGCUUCAACGUCACGUUGAAGUGGCUGCUGAAAUAAAGAAUCUCGAUACGGACUUGCAAAUGCUGGUCUACGAGAAUUACAACAAGUUCAUUAGUGCCACAGACACUAUAAAGAGGAUGAAGAGCAACAUUUCAGGGAUGGAGACAAACAUGGAACAGCUUCUUGAAAAGAUCAUGUCUGUGCAGUCAAGAAGUGACAGUGUCAACAGUUCUCUAUUUGACAAAAGGGAGCAUAUUGAGAAAGUGCAUCGGACUUGUAAUCUUCUUCGUAAAGUUCAGUUCAUAUAUGAUCUACCCGAUAGACUAGGUAAGUGCAUCAAGUCAGAAGCAUACGCAGAUGCCGUCAGGUUCUAUACUGGAGCAAUGCCAAUUUUUAAGGCAUAUGGAGAUUCAUCAUUCCGGGAUUGUAAGCAAGCUUCUGAAGAAGCAAUGGCUAUCAUAGUAAAAAGCUUACAGGGGAAGCUGUUUUCAGAUUCUGAAUCAAUACAAGUGAGAGCAGAUGCAGCAGUGCUUCUUAAGCAGUUGGAUUUUCCGGUGGAUAAUUUAAAGACGAAGUUAUUUGAAAAGUUAGAACAAUCUAUUACAGAUAUUCGACUUAACCCUAUAGAAAUAAACAGUGCAUCCAGGGACUAUUCUGCUCACGAGGCAGCUGUUCAUGAAUUUGUGGAGGCAGUUCGUGCUUUUAGAGUUAUAUUUCCUGAUUCCGAUGAACAAUUGGUUAAACUUGCUGAAGACUUAGUUACCAAGAACUUUGUAUUUGCUGAGGAAUAUGUAAAGACACGGAUUUGCCCAGAUGAUCUACUUGGUGUUCUUCGAGUUAUCUGGAAUGAUGUGCUCCUAAUAGAUGAAGUCUUGCAGGAAGCGGCUCUCUCAAACCAUUCUCUUGAGGCUGCAAAGGUUGUUCUCAUGUCAUUUGUUAGAAGUGCAUUUUCUCAUCUUCUGCAAGACAUCUCAGGCUCCCUCUUACAAAUCCUGAAAAAGGAUGGUGCAGAACAGUGCUCUCUUGAUGUUGUUCUUGAUGCAAGUACAAAAGCAGUUCUUCAAGGAAGCUUGAAUGUCUUGUUGGAUUUCCGCAAAAUUUUAGAUGAAAACUCCGGGAUCGUAGUUAGAUUAAGAGAGUUAAUUAUUGAUUGGGUUCAAGAAGGACUUCAGGACUUUUUUAGGAAACUGGAGGAUCAGUUCCUUCUAUUUUCAGGUAGAAGUAACUCAUCUAUUCAAGCACACGGUUUGGCAGAGGGUGCUCAAGGGGAUAAAGCUUUUGCUGGCCUUGUCCUUGUACUGGCCCAGUUGUCUUCUUUCAUUGAACAAACUGUCAUCCCAAAAGUCACCGAGGAAAUAGCUUCUUCCUUUUCUGGGGGUAGCAUUAGAGGUCAUGAAUCUGGACCUGCAUUUGUUCCUGGAGAAAUAUGUCGAAAAUUUCGGUCAGCUGGUGAAAAGUUCCUGCACUUGUACGUAAAUAUGAGAACUCAGAGUGUAUCAUUUCUCCUGAAGAAGAGGUUUACCACCCCUAAUUGGGUUAAGCAUAAAGAGCCAAGAGAAGUUCAUAUGUUUGUUGAUCUGUUUCUUCAAGAGCUUGAAGCUAUAGUUAAGGAAGUGAAGCAGAUAUUGCCUCAAGGUAGACGUAAGCACCGCAGGACUGAUAGUAAUGGAAGUAGUGCUUCCUCAAGGAGCAACCCAUUACGGGAAGAGAAACUGGGUAGGUCAAACACUCAAAGGGCAAGGAGCCAGCUUUUGGAAACGCAUCUGGCAAAGUUGUUUAAGCAGAAAGUUGAAAUUUUUACCAAAGUAGAAUAUACACAGGAGUCUGUAGUUACAACUUUAGUUAAAUUGUGCCUUAAAAGUUUACUAGAAUUUGCCCGACUCCAGACUUUUAACCGAAGUGGAUUCCAGCAAAUUCAAGUGGAUAUCCAAUUCCUAAGGAUCCCAUUAAGGGAUAUAGUUGAAGAUGAAGCUGCAAUCGACUUCUUGCUAGAUGAGGUGAUUGUUGCUACCGCAGAACGGUGUCUAGAUCCGGUUCCAUUGGAGCCUCCCAUAUUGGACAAACUUAUACGAGCAAAGUUGGCUAAAACCGAGCAGCAAAAUACAGUUUCUUCGUAAACAUUUUUGUGGAAGCAUUGGAUAUAUAUAUGUAAUGUUUUUGCUUCUGUGUUUGUCAUCUCGUAAACAUUUUCCUGAAUAUUGUUUGUAUAAAUAAUAAAUUAUCGUUUUGAACAA